CAACCUCACAUGAGACGCUUUGGUCGUCAACUUGGGCGCCAAAGUCCGCUCGGAGCCAUCAUCAGCGGAGCUCAGAUUCAUCAUCAACCGUCACGACGCAGCGCUUCAGUUUCUUCGAGUUCUUCAUCAAGUGGUGAAUCCCCCGAAGCUCGUGCGCAGCGAAAGGCUGCCAGGUACCGCACCAUGUCCGGAGACGCAAAUUAUCAGUCAUGGACCAAGAACGGUCUCAUUCAGAGGGUCAAGGAGCUCGAGGCCGAGCUCAAGAGCCGGCCAGCCCCAGAACUCAAGGUCGAGGUUGUGGAACAGCCACAGCAGAAAAGUGAAGGCGACAAUACGACGCCGGGGACCAAAAAGGCCAAGCCCAAAGGCAAACGAAAGAUGGACCCGAGCAAGUACUCGACGCGGUUCAUCGCCCUGAAGCUCGCGUACCUGGGCAAGAACUACGGCGGCUUCGAGUUCCAGGCCAUGGCCAACGCCCCGUCUAUCGAGGAGGAGCUGUGGAACGCUCUCACAAAGGCGUGCCUCAUCUUUCCCAAGGAUGAACGAGUUGUUGACUUUGAGUGCUGCGAGUACUCCAAGUGCGGCCGCACCGAUAAAGGCGUCAGCGCCUUUGGACAGGUCAUUGGCCUGCGGGUUCGGAGCAACAGACCCUUGCCUAAGAAGCGACGGCGUCUAAGUGAAGCGGGCGAUGCCAUGGUUGUGGAUGAACCAACAGGAGAGAACGGAGAGGAAGAGGAUGAUUUUGAUACAUCAUCAUUCGACCCUAUCAAAGAUGAGCUGCAGUAUCCUCGACUCCUCAACCGUGUGCUCCCCCCUGAUAUCCGCAUCCUCGCCUGGUGUCCCUCCCCACCACCAGACUUCUCAGCCCGCUUCUCCUGUCGAGAGCGCCAGUACCGCUACUUCUUUACCCAGCCUGCCUUUACGCCAGAGCCUACGGCUGGCGGCGCGAAGAACGGUUGGCUCGACAUUGAGGCCAUGCGCGAUGCGGCGAAGCGGUAUGAGGGUGAGCACGACUUUCGCAACUUUUGCAAGAUCGACCCGGGGAAGCAGAUUACAAACUUUGUGCGCACCAUCUAUGAGGCCGAUAUCAAGGAGGUCCGCGAUGUCAGCUCCGCCUUGCCAUACCUCUCCGGGUCGCAGUAUGCGCCAGCGGAAGGAGUCUCGGAUAAGGACGCUGUGCACCCCAAGGUGUACAUGUUCCAGGUCCGCGGCUCGGCUUUCCUAUGGCACCAGAUCCGCCACAUGGUAGGAGUGCUAUUCCUCGUGGGUCAGCGCCUCGAGAAGCCAGAGGUCAUAUCGACUCUACUCGACGUGGCCAAAAACCCGUGCAAGCCCAACUACGUCAUGGCCGACGAGGUGCCCCUGGUGCUCUGGGACUGCAUCUUCCCUGGCGAGGAUUCUGCUCCUGUGGAUCCUGCUGCUGAGAAGCAGGAUGCCCUUGACUGGGUGUACCUCGCCGACGAUCCGGCGCUCUGCAAACCGGGCCAGUUCGGUGUGAUAGACGGUCUAUGGGCGCAUUGGCGUGAGCGUAAGCUUGAUGAGCUACUAUCAAACCAGCUCCUGCAGCUUGUCUCGCAGCAAGGCAGCACAGAUCCCUCUCGCCAGAUCUCGCGGCCGGAGCCCGCCAAAGCAAACAGCACCAUGGUGUAUGAAGGAGGCAACGGCGCACGCAUGGGAGGUCGCUACGUGCCGCUCCUGGAAAAGGACAAGUUGCAGUCUCCCGAGGAGCAGAAUGAGCGGUACGCGAUCCGAAAGGGGUAUGCUAGCUCAGAGGAUAUGCGAGCGCAGAGGGGCUUUGGCAGGAGAAAGGAUGAGUCCACAGCGGACGAGUAG